GCCAUUACGGUUGACUUGACGCAGCAGAUGAAUUAACAGUAACAACACGCAGCCCAGCUUGAGCAGCAACAAUGCGGUGUGAGAAACACCCACAACCCGGUGGGCUGGGGCUCUUUCUGUGUCUCUGUGGGUUACUGUCACCGGCGUGGAAGUUUCUGUGGAUUUAGCCCGACUGUACGCGUCGUGGGCUGAACUUUUUUGAACUACUAACGCUGCCCAUACGGAGAGAGAUCUGAUCCGGGAGAAGAGGCGUUUUCCCCGCUUUCUUCGACGGUAUAUCAAACCCUGCUGAGGGCGGACUGCUUGUGAGUCAGCCGAACCGUGGAGCGGAACACAAUGAGACACCUGCAAUGAUCGACUGGGUGGAAAGUUGGGAGCGACGGCGCAUUAAAGGGAUAUGCCGCAAAAAGUGAUGUUUUUGCUGCGGAGUUCAAUUUAUCUGUGAUUUGUUGCUGCUGAAACUGAUACUGACAUGUGUGAGGUGGCCAUGGAGGAGCAGGGCAGCGAGAUCACGGACAUGGAGCGGUGCUCCUCCCGGGAGGAGUACGGGGUCAUCGUGGAGUCCCCCCGCCACCGGGUGAACCCCCCACUCAGCGUGGUGUGGACAACCAUGCUCUACUGCGCAGAGUUAAUCACCGCCUGCAUUCUCUGCAAAAGUUACCACAAGACCAACGAUGUGUUCUGGAUGAGCUUAACCAUCGUCUUCAUGCUGGUUCCCGCUGUGCUCAUCCAGCUGACCCUGACCUUCAUCCACCGGGACGUGGGUCGGGACCGGCCGCUGGUCCUGCUCCUGCACCUCCUGCAGCUUGGACCGCUCAUCAGGUGUUUCGAGGCGCUGGUGGUCUACUUCAAGGCAGGCCAAAACGAGGAGCCUUACGUCACCCUGUCCAGGAAAACCAACCUGGAGAAGGGCCGAGAGAUAGAGCUGGAAAUCGGGCAGACGGAGCGGACGCUGGCCACGCACCGGAACGCCUUCAAACGCACCGCCGUCAUCCAGGCCUUCCUGGGCUCCACGCCUCAGCUGACGCUCCAGCUGUACGCCAACAUCCAGGAGAAGUACACCCUGUCUGUCAGACUGGCGUUGAUGAUCAUCACCCUGGUCUCCAUCACCUACGGCGCUCUGGUCUGCAGCGUCCUCGCCAUCCAGAUCACCUACGACUCCAUCAAGGUGCGACUGCGGCCCGCCGCCUACCUGUGCAUGGUGCUGUGGCGGGCCCUGGAGAUCACCACCCGGGUCACGACCCUGGUCCUGUUCAGCACCGCCCUGACCCACUGGGUCAUCCUGGUGGGCGGGCUCAACCUGCUCUUCUUCUUCUUCCUGCCGUGGGUGGAGUUCUGGGCGCAGAAAGGCUCGCUGGCCGAGGGCGUGGAGAAGAACUUCUCCAAGCUGGGCACGGCCGUGGUGCUGUGCAUGUUCACGCUGCUGUACGCCUGCAUCAACGUGUUCUGCUGGUCGGCCGUGGAGCUGGACCUGGCCCACCAGGAGCUCAUCAACCGGAAGCAGAGCUGGCGCCGCCUGGCGCUCUACUACUCCGGCCGCUUCCUGGAGAACCUCGUCCUCAUCACGCUCUGGUACUUCUUCAAGUCGGACUUCUUCGAGUACGUGUGCGCGCUGCUGGUGGUGGUGCAGCUGCUGAUCGGCUACUGCCUGGCCGUUCUCUUCAUGAUGCUCUUCUACCAGUUCUGCCACCCGUGCAGGAGCCUCUUCAAGUACAACGUCCACGACUGCCUGCACUGCGUCUGCUGCCGGCCCCGGCCCGCGAGCCGGCGGGGCAGCAUGCCGCCUUCCUACUCCACCGCCGCCACCAUGCUUAAGGAGGAGCCACUGGAGCUGCUGGACCCUCAGAACUGCCUUCCUCCAGACGAGCGGGAGUCUUUAGCCUGACAGCAAACGCACCAAAAACGGGAGGAAUGCUGGGAAAAACAAGGCGCUUAGGCAAAUCACGCUGGAAAAAUUCAAGUAUUUUUGGUCAAUUUCGAGUGAAAAUAACUUACUACACUUGAAAUAAGACAAAACUUACUAACAUAUAAGAUCAACUUCUUAAAGGUAUUUGAUAGUUUUCUAACGCCAAUUCAAAAUUAUGUUGCAAUUUUUAGAUGUUGAAUUAUUGAAGAUUAUUGUUGAAGUUC